AUGCUCAACCGUGCCUCCAGCCGCUCCCUGCUCCGUAAAUUCCCCCGCCAAAUCCCUCUUGCCUCCAGUUUCUCUACCCUCAAUACCUCCAAACGUCCUUCUCUUACUCCCUUUGCUUCUCCCUCUAUUCGCGCCCGAAACAUGUCUGCUAGCCACGGUGGCGAGUCUACCCUCAGGCCUGAGCCAGACAAGGUCCUCCAAGACAUCGCCGAUUAUGUUCACAACUUUCAAAUUGACCCCACGGGGUUGGCGAUGAAGACCGCGUCCCUUUGUUUGAUUGACACCAUUGGUUGCGGUCUCGAGGCGUUGAGGUUCCCUGAAUGCACGAAGCUGCUUGGCCCCGUCGUUGAAGGCACAGUCGUUCCUAACGGCACCAAAGUACCCGGAACCAGCUAUCAGUUGGACCCCAUUCGGGGCGCUUUCAACAUAGGCACCAUUAUUCGGUGGCUUGAUUUUAAUGACUGCUUCUUAGCUGCUGAAUGGGGUCAUCCUUCUGACAAUCUUGGUGCAAUUCUUGCUGUCGCUGACCACCUCGCUCGUCAAGGACAGUCUUUUGCUGUCAAGGACCUGCUUGAAGGCAUGAUCAAGGCUCAUGAAAUACAGGGAGGUCUUGCCCUCCUCAAUUCGUUCAACAGGGUCGGCUUGGACCACGUUGUUCUCGUCAAAGUCGCCUCCACUGCAGUGGUGUCCAAGAUGCUUGGACUCAAUCGCGAUCAGACGAUCGAUGCCAUCUCACAAGCUUGGGUUGAUGGUCAAUCACUUCGCACCUAUCGCCAUGCUCCCAACACUGGACCUCGUAAAUCCUGGGCUGCUGGUGAUGCUUGCUCACGCGCUGUCAACCUAGCCCUUCUUGUCAAGAAGGGCGAGAAGGGUCUCCCGUCUGUUCUUACUGCCAAGACGUGGGGUUUCUAUGAUGUUCUAUUCAAGGGCAAGCCUUUUGAGUUCCAGAUUCCCUUCUCUUCCUACAUCAUGGAAAACGUCCUCUUCAAGAUCUCUUAUCCUGCUGAAUUCCACGCUCAGACUGCCGUCGAGGCCGCUUACAUUGUCCACGCAAAACUGAAAGAACUCGGAAAGACUGCAGAGGACAUCAAGAGCGUCAGAAUCCGAACCCAGGAAGCUGCCAUCAGGAUUAUUGACAAGAAGGGCCCACUCGACAACUUUGCUGACCGAGAUCACGCUAUCAACUAUAUGGUGGCGUAUCCUUUGAUUUUCGGUGAACUCACUUCGGAAAGCUACACUGACGCCUCUGCCGCUGACCCACGCAUCGAUGCUCUUCGCGCCAAAAUCUACUGCGUUGAAGAUAAGCGUUUCAGUGUCGAAUAUCAUGAACCCUCCAAGCGGUCUAUCGGUAAUGCCCUCCUUGUGGAAUUGAACGACGGCACUGUAUUGGAUGAGGUCGAGGUUGAAUACCCCGUCGGACACAAGAGGCGUCGGGAUGAGGGUACUCCCCUUUUGAUUGAAAAGUUCACCAGGCAUAUCUCUCAUCACUAUGAUGUGGCGCACCAGAAAAAGAUUUUGGACAUAGUUACCGGCGACUCUGCUCCUUUCUGGAACCUCCCAGUUGACAAGUUUACCGACCUUUUCGUCAAGCCUUAG